AUGGAUUCCAAACAAUUCGAUAGUGCUGGUAAAGUUCGUGUAGUGGCCAGGAUCCGUGGGUUUUCGAGCUGCGAGGCUAAAUCUGAGCCUGGCGCUUCCAGGACUGGGGACUGGGUUUCGGUGAAUCGCGGAAGUCUGGACGAUGUCUCCAUCUCCUUUGGGGACCAAUCUAGGUACUGUUUACGGUUUGAGCUCCGCGGUUUCUGCAUUUGUGAAUUGGGGGAGCAUGCGUCUUAUCCUCACAUAGCAACCCUUUUACGUACUCGGUAUUUGGUGGACUAUUGCUAUAAGGUAGAUGAAGACAGUGAAAUGAUAUAUUCAAGGGAGGUGAAGCCUCUUGUAUCUGCAGCUUUUGAAGGUCAUAACAGCACUGUUAUUGCACAUGGCGCUAGGGGUAGUGGAAAGACCCACACAAUUCAGGGCUCUGCUGAGAGGCCAGGUUUGGCAGGGCUUGCUAUUGUUGAGUUUCUUUCAUUGGCCGAGAAAAACGGAAAAUCCAUAGCUGUUUCUUUCUAUGAGGUUGAUCAUCAGGAGCGGGCCAUGGAUUUAUUAAAUCAAGAGAAGCCACCAAUUUUAGUUUUAGAAGAUCAUGGUAGAAUUCAGUUUAAAGGACUGACUCAGAUUCCUGUUAAAUCCAUAGCUGAAUUUCAGAAUUUGUACACCACAGCGUGUUUUACCUUGAAGGGCGCUCCCAAAAAAGGAGGCUCUGAACGUGUUCAGAGAAGCCACAUGGGAUUGAUUGUGCAUGUCUUUUCCCGGAAUGAAAGUGUAGGAAGUACUGUGAGCAAAAUGAAUUUUGUUGACUUGGCAGCAUCAAGGUCAUGUCAUUGGAUUCAUCGGGCAUCCUUAGAUUCCACCAAGAAAAGUGUAAGUUCAACAAAACAGAUGGUGAACUCUCAUAUGAAACAGAUACCUAAAAGUGUUUCCCGAACGGCAAAGAAAUUACAUGGUUCUUCUAAAUUACUUGAGAAAAAUGUUGUUGCUAAGAAGUCUGCAAUGAAAGGAAGGACUUUGUUUGAUGAAGCUGGUCAUUGUGCUUCUGAGGUUGAUAAGGAAAUUUCCGUUCAUGUUACUCAAGCAUCAAAGCCUUUGAUGGACAAUUCAUCAUCGGACACUGGAAAUCAUGUCUUGCUCAACUCUGGAAUGGAAAAGGAUGACUCAUCAUCCUUGAAUGUUAGCAGGGGAGGGGACAAUGUCCUAGCAGCUCAGCAUAUUUUGGUGGAUGAAGAGAAGGAGCAUACCCUUGUCAGUAAUUGCUCUGAAGCAUUGUCAAUAAUAGUUCAGGAGGAAGACUAUGAUAUGAACAAAGAGAACAGUUCAAAGGCAAUUGGAGAUGUUUUAUCACCUAUUAGUUCACCACCUAUAAGUUCACAGUUGCGCGAUCUUUCUAAUAGUCUUAAAAUGCUAUGCUCUUCAAAUUCGUCAUGUAGGCAAAUAUCAGAAAACGAACCCAUUCCACUUGAUAUUGUAGAACCAAAAACUCCUAUUAUUGAACAAAACAUGAGCAUUAACAGAGGGGAUGGAAUAAAUGUCAAAAGUCCCUGGGAGACAUUCAGUAUGCGAGGUUCUGGAAUGAAGACUUCUCUUGUUCAAGAAUAUCUUAGGUUUUUAAACACAGCUGACAAGGAAGAAUUAAAAAGAUUGAAGGGAAUUGGAGAGAAGAGAGCUACCUUCAUACUUGAACUUCGAGAAGAAUCUCCCGAACCUUUUAAAAGUUUGGAUGAUUUAAAAGAUAUUGGACUUUCAGCAAAGCAGUAUGAGAUAAUUGAAUAUGUUUCGCUGACUGUCUUCUUGCAUUUUCUCGCCGAUUCUUCUUCCCGCCAAACAAUCUCUGUUCCCUUCCCCGCCGCUUCCCCGAUCCUCGCCCUUCCCCUCCGCGUUGGAGCUCUCUCCACCUCCUCAUUUCCAUCGUCUGAUCUAGAUAUCAGAUUUCAACUUUUCAAUCAAGGAUCUGGUCUUGAGAUGCCAAGUGCAAAACUUAAAGCCUCUAGCACUCCUGAUGUCAUGAAAACAGAAGACAGUAUAGAUGCCCUAAUCAAACAGACGAUUGGCAAAGAUCCUUUCGAUUAUUUUCCAUGGGUUGAAGGCAGCUCUUUACCAUGGCUUCGAUUAAUCCAUGCUUUAGAUCCGCAAGGUGUUAAUAAUUCUUUCUUUCUCAGGGAGAAACUCAAUACAUUUGACCUUCUUACUAUCUCCUCUUGGUGGACUUUUCUCCCUCCUAUGGAGAUUCAGUUGCAGAAGUGUGACAAAUGUUCCCGACAGUUUUGCUCCCCCAUUAAUUAUAGAAGACAUAUUCGUGUACAUCAUCGGUUGAAAAAGCUUGACAAGGAUUUUACAAAAACUAGGGAUCUUUUAGGAGCAUAUUGGGAUAAGCUCUCAGUAGCAGAGUUAAAGGAAGUUGUAUCAUUCGAAAAUGUGAUGUUGGAGGAAGUUCCGGGUUCUUCAAUUUUAAAAUCUCUGACAACUCUUGUUCAAAACCAAAGAUUAUAUUCAUUUCCUCCAUACUAUGUGAUGGCUGGUGCUGCUCUUUUGGAUAUUGUUCAAUAUGAAUCUUCUGUCUUUCCUAUAUCUUCCCAGCAGUUGUUCAACAUUCUUGAUGACGCCAGUGAAAAAACAUGUUUAUGUGGAACAGUAGAGUCAGUGCAAAGAUAUGUUUUUGAUGGAGAGGCUGGAAAAGUUAGUCUUGAACCGAAAAACAUAGUUGCUUGCACAAGUUUCUUGCUAGAACAGAUUUUGUAUGAGCUUUUGUUCACUAAGGUGAAGGCGUGCCUUAUUGACAAAGAGGCUGAAGCACUGAGGUGUCAGAAGCAAUUGGUGGAGGAGGAAGAAGCUGCUCAGAGAAGACAAGCUGAGAUUUUGGAGAGGAAACGCCAGAAGAAGCUUAGACAAAAGGAACAAAAAGCUAGGGAACAAAGACACAAAGCUGAGGCAGAAAUUAGCGGUAUUGACAGUACUGCAAAGGCUUUAUCACUGGCUGAAGCAUCUUUAGAUACGUACAAUUCUGAAGCUCAUAAUACAAAUACAUUUUCAGAUAACGUUGCUUCAUCUGUACCUCUCCAAUAUCCUGACACCAAUGAGGAAAUAAAUAAGGAUACUCAUUUAGAGUAUGACACCGUCACUGAUCAGAAUCUUGAGAGACAGUCUGCACAUGGAGAUAUACACCAUUGCUUAGCAGUUUCCCGACAACAGGGGAUGUCAAAAUCACAACGGGCUGAAAGCAAUGAUUUGCAUACAAACCAGAAUUCUCCUUUAACAAAACUUGAAGUCAAUCAGAAAUAUGGGUCCCAAGGUGAUAAAAAAGUAUCAGCUGUUGGUGGUAGUAAAACACGGAGUGGGAAGUCUAAAACAAAAAUUAACAAGGUGGUUUUAAAAACCACACAAGAGAAAGAACCAGACCAAGUUAAAAAUGAAGAAGUUUUUAUAGGAUCUGUACCUGUUAAUGUUGGCAAUUGCACUCAAUCAGAGGGUAAUACGGUGGCUUCUCAAAAGGACUCCAUCGUUGAGAAUGUGGGCAAGCAGAAGAGUUCACCGGGAAAGCCAAUGAAAACUGAUCUUGCCACAGGUGGCAACAAUCGCUCAACAGAUAAGGUUUGGAAGCCAAUCAGCCAGCUUGAAAGUAAAAAUGUACUUCCAGUUCAAAGUGGUGGGACAGAAGCUGAUGCAUUUCAUGGAAAUAGUCAAAAUUGGUCUGGUCCAAGUUGUUCAAGGGUGGGUAGUACAGAUGGGGGUGAUAUUGGUUGUGAAAAGCAUUUAUCACAUGCAGAGGGUAGUGUGGAUGCAGGAAGCUUCCAGUCCAUCGUUCAGGCUGCAAAAGCUUUCUUUCGACAAAGAUGGAUAGAAGCUAUGUCAUCAGAACAUGAGACAUUGGUUAUUACCUCUGACUCAGAAUCUUCUGGGAGCCAAUAG